UUUACAGUGCGUAAUGGUCCCGUUAAAGAACUGUGAAAAACAACGGUGGUAAUUGCGCGAAAGGGAAUUAAUCAAAUUUGUGAUUUUAUACAACCUUUUAAUGCGCGCACUGGAGCCAACGAGAAGAAUAAACUGCUUUCAAUAUGAAGAAUCCAGCUACCAAAAAGCCAAAGGCCGCAAGGCAAGAUGAGCAGGUCAUGGGCACAAACAAUAGCAGUAUCGUUUCAAAACGCAGCGUUGAAAAGAUUUACUAUCCAGAUGAGCCUCACUUUUUCCGGUACUUUGUCAAAAAGUUCCAGAGGCGAGCUCCAUUGAUCAAUCGCGGUUACUAUUUACGUCUACAUCUCAUCGACUGUGUGGUCAGGGAUUUUUUGAGAGAACCGUUGGCGGCCGACAAGAAGACCAAGGUGGUAGUAAACCUGGGCUGUGGAAGUGAUGUGCUCCCCUGGCAAUGUCUUACUCGGUAUUCCAAAGACUGCGACUCGGUUUUGUUUGUUGAUGUCGACUUUCCAGACUUGAUCCUCCGGAAACGGAAUGUCGUCUUGGAUACUCCUGAGCUCAAGGACCGUUUUGCGCCCCUGGAGACACUCGACACUCCGCCCGUGUUCUUACGCAGCAGUCGAUAUGUCCAGGUUGGCUGUGAUCUCCGUGACAUAGGUUCUCUACAGGCAGCGUUGGAGUCCCUAGUAGACAUCAAAGCAACGUCCUUUCUUUUUGUGGCCGAGGUAUCCAUAACAUACAUGGAAACUGAUGCCGCCGAUGCAGUAAUCCAGUGGGCCAGUACUUUGGGGGACUCCACUUUCUGUCUCUUGGAACAGAUUCUACCCGAUGGUCCACGGCACCCGUUCGCACAGACUAUGAUCAAGCACUUCGAGCGGCUCAAUACGCCGCUCAAAUCCAUCGACAAGUAUCCCACACAGCAGAGUCAGUCUGAACGCUUCCAACAGAGAGGCUGGUCAAAUGUUCAUUGCUGGACCUUAUGGCAGGCGUGGGCUGACUCCCGGUUUCUGACUGCUGAGGACCGCCACAAGCUCGAUGACGUCGAGCCUUUUGACGAAUGGGAAGAGUUUGCGCUCUUUGGGAGUCACUAUGUGCUGCUACAAGCAUCCAUUCGAAAUCAUACGCCAUCUCCAGAGGCCAAGCCAGCCGGUUGCCCGAGCUCUUGCCCGCCUCUGCGAUCCCUUGACGUAAACCUGCAUCACGAUGAAAGCCAGGGCACACAAGGGCCUCGUCGCUUCGGGACCGCCAUGGUGGCUCGGGAUGUUUUGGGCCAGAUUCACAUCGCCAACGUUCUCGGCACAGGCACGAAUGUCAGGCUAAGGUCCCUUGACCUGUAUAGUCCUUUGGGCUCAAAUGAGGACGCUGGGUUGUUGAAAUGCAGUGGGCCUGCUAGCCGCUUGUGCCAUGCAAUGACAGAUAUCGGGAACAGUGGUUUUCUCCUAUCUGGAGGCAGAGCAUCGCCCACAGCCCCCUUGGAUGGAUGUUGGGUCUUUGAGAAGGGCGUGAACGAUUGGCGUCGAACCCAUGAUCUCCCAGUCCCUUUGUACCGUCACACCACUGUGAGACUCGGCCACUCCAGCCUCGCUCUCGUAUUUGGCGGAAAAAUUGGAGGCUCCAAAGUAUUCGACGGCUACCUGUUAUACCAUCCCCAAAAAGGAUGGAUUAGGUGCAAAGUCAAGGGCGACGUAGCUCCUUCUCCCGUAUUUGGAGCUGUCGCUUUCUGCUCCAAGGGUGCUGCCGGAGGAUCGCUGCUGUUCAGGGGCGUACUGGCUGGAGGUAUGGCAGAGGAAGGUGUGACAACCGACCAAAUACUUCGCUGGGAACUGGAAGCUGGAGGUUUUGAAACACCGUCUAUCUCAUUCAAAAAACUGGACGUGGCCACUGGAGAGCGCAAUCUGAUCAACAGGUUUGGUGCUAGCUGCAUCAAGCUGAACGAAAAGUAUCAUGUUAUUAUCGGCGGCGUCAAGAGUACCAAUUUACUUCCACACGACCACGACAUCCUCAUCUUGCGGGAUGACGGGGCCAGUACAAGCUUGUCUAUUCACAGCCGCGUCAACUUCCCAGUGUACCGCAAAGGUUCUAUACCUCGGCACUUGGCAGUCGGUUCGUCUAUAGCGUGUACUGAGCGGGGCCAGGUCAUCUUGGUUGGAGGAGGGGCUACUUGUUUCUCAAUGGGCACAUUCUGGACCAAGGGAGCGUAUACGUUUCUCAUCGACCCAGAGCGGCUGUCUAAUCUGGACACUGCACCCUAUAGCUCGGAAGAUGCUUUGCCAACCCAGAUUAGCACAGAGGCCGCAUCUGUUCAGAAAGAAGAAGACAUUAUUUGGGCCAGCUCAGGGGCGGUGCUCAUCUCGGAUGCGGACACAGGCGUGCUGGAUUCAAAGUCGGUAACUCAUCAAGAGGCUGCUCAAACUAGCUCAGAGAUUCCUCGAGUUAGGCUUGCCUCAAAAGAGGAUUUUGAGCAGGUUCUGCGACGAAGAAAGCCGGUGAUAAUAGAAGACGCUUCCCUGGGACCCUGCAUGACUGCAUGGUCUGACGAGUAUCUUGUUGAGGCAGUUGGUGCUGAUAGAGAAGUAUCGAUACAUGAAUCCCCCAGUCAAGUGAUGGACUUCAACGCCAAAAACUUCCGCUAUGUCAACAAAAGAUUUGGCGAGUUUGUACAAGAGAUAGCGAGCGGCCAGAAGCUGUAUCUGCGCGCCCUCUCUAAUGACGAACCAACCGCCAGAGCCGCCAACCUGCAGGAUGACUUUCCCCAGCUUGCCAAAGAUUUCGUCCUACCCUCGGAGCUGGAAGCUGUGCGCGAGAACCUCUUCAGCUCGGUGUUGCGCAUGUCUGGGCCGGUUAACAUGUGGCUGCACUACGAUGUCAUGGCAAAUGUGUACUGUCAAAUCAGAGGGUCCAAGCGAUUUAUUCUCUUCCCACCCUGCGACGUCACUGAGUUAUCAAUCCCGCCUGGAGGCUCCAGCUCCAGCAUCGAUGCGUUCGCUGCGACGCCAGCGCGGACGCACCCCCACGAGGCAACGCUCGCUGCGGGCGACGUCCUCUUCCUGCCACCGUUAUGGCUCCAUACAGCGACUCCGGCAUCGGACUCCCCCGGCGUGGCAGUCAACGUCUUCUUUCGUGACAUGGACGCAGGUUACAGUGCAGGUCGCGAUGUGUACGGCAAUAGAGACCUCGCGGCUUACGAGAAGGCGAGGCGGGACGUCGACAAGAUCCUGACCAGCUUCAAGUCGCUGCCCGGCGAUGCUAGAGAGUUUUACCUCAAGAGGCUGGCUGAGGAGCUCCGCCGAGGGUCGAUGUCGGGCGCUUAAGAUAUUUGCUGGAUAAGGGAGGGGAGUGCAAGGCCUGGAUUUGGGUGACGAUCAACAAACGGUGACAGGGCUGAUAAGAUACAAGGGGGGGGGGGGGGGUUCUUGGAUGUGAGCACAAGACGAAACAAGACUGUGCC